CGUCUGACCCAUCAGCACGAGGUGGACUCAUGCGUAGAGCAGAGAGAAUAUAAUGUGUCAGGAUUUUGUUACCAGGAAGUGGGUCGAGUUAUUUAUAUUUCAACACUCGUCCUCUAGUACCCGAGGGAGGACCGGUGGUAGUAACCUGAAACUUUAGAUUUAAACAUUGUCUCGAUCGAGAUGGAUCCCAACCGGGGGAACCACAACACAUAAGAGUGACGAGGAGCAGAGGAACGUUUAUCUGCACAUGUAAAUAAUGUAAAGCCUGUUCCUGUGGAUGAGUAGGAUGACCCUGUGAGUGAUUCAGCACUGGCAGAGUUCUCGUAAUGAAGCUCCACGAGAAGAUUUUAACCCAUUACCUGUCGUGCACCUCCCCUGUGGAUAAAGAGGGAUAUCUCUACAAAAAGAAAGAGCGGAACGCCUCCUACCAGCGGCGCUGGUUUGUCCUGAAGGCGAACCUGCUGUUCUACCAGGAGCGCCCAGCCGACCGCCACCUCCUGGGCGUCAUCGUGCUGGAGGGAUGUGCGGUCCGGAGCUCUGAGUUUGACGGACAGUUCACCUUUUCCCUGGUGUUUCAAGGGCCCGGACUCAAAACCUACAGGUUUGCAGCCGAGGACCGGCAGACUCAAGAGAGCUGGGUGAAAGCCCUGCUGUCAGCCAGCCACUGUUACCUCUCCCUGCUGGUCAGAGACUUGGGAAAGCAGUAUGAAGAGGCUAAACAACAGCAAAGCUCUGGUGAAUCUCGUCCAGGCUCCUCUGCCAGCGCUCAGCCUGGGAAGGGCCACAGUCAGUCGCUGACCCUGCUGCACCCCGGCGCCCUGCUCCCCACACAGGAGCUCAGGCCUGCGGGCCGAGAGGGACGAGCCUUCAGCGCCAGCUACGCUUUGCACGCACCUUCCAUACCCACUAAAGUGGUUAAUAAGAAGUCUCCCAAGCUGUGGCCCAAGAGAAAUGCUCAUGUCACUCCAAUUAAUGGACCGGCACCUCUUUAUGGAGAAUGGCCUCUGGUGGGUUUGGAUCCACUGGAGGAGUUCAGCAAACUGCAUGAUUAUUACGGGCAGGAGGUGAAGCAGGUGAGGGACGAGUGGCUGAGGAGUCGACAGGCGCAGGAGGAGCACCGCAAUAAAGAUCUCAUAGACCUUGGAUGAAGUGAAGGUCUAUGAAACUGAAAUAGAUUAAAAAAAAAAAAAAAAAAGGACUCUCACGUGGCUCCUCUCUGUAUUCAUUUAUGUAAGAAUGUAAGACACAGAUAUUUGUAAAUGUGUGUCUACAACUUGCUUCCAUGUCGUAUGAUUAGUUUAGAUCAGUUUUAUGUUGAUUUAUUUCACAGCAGGUGUAUUUUUGUCAGAGCCAAAGAGGCUUUACAUACAGUCCAUGUGGUAUAAUCACCACUAAAUUCAUAUUUGGUGUGAAAUGGCUUUAUAAUGCAGAAUUUAAUAAAGCAAAAUGCAUAUUUUUGAUUGCAUGUAAAAAA